AUGGCCGAUUGUGUACGGCCGGGCGCAGCCCUGAGUUCACCGGCGUCCAUGGAGCGGCAGCAUGCUACGCCGCGACGGCUGGGAUCGGCCGGCAGAGCCGCUGAGGCUGAAGUAGGUUUGCCCCUCAAUAGGCUGAAACCACUUCACUGCGGAGACGCAGUCUCACCCUCAGCCCUGGCCGGAGCGGCAGAAUCCUGGCUGGAUGGCACUCGCCCCCAAGCUAGUUCCUUCCAGCUACCGCUUCCUCGCCAAGCGACUCGCCCACCAUCCUAGUUCUCCUCCCCGCUCAUCCGGGAGAUUCCCCUUCCUUUUUCGCCUUUUUCGCAGUUCCAUCCAUAACCAAGUCCAUUCCAUAUCCAAAUCAA